AACAAUGUCAUUACACUAACAGUAAUUAAUAGGACAAUGAUUAGAAAAAACCGAGAAAUUGCCAGCUUCUACUGUUUUCUUGUUAUCCAUUUUCCACUAUAUACCGUGGCCAUUAACGCCUAUAAUUCUUCUCUCUUUAUAAAGUUUUGCUAUCGAAACUGAUACGUCUCCGCAUUUCUUUAUUCUCUUUUUGCUUCUUCUACAUAUAUAUUCAUUUCUUCACCCCAAAAAAGAAAAUUAAUUAAAAGAUUUUUUUUUUUUUUUUUUACAAACAUGCUUAUGCCAAUGCCUUCAGCUACCUACAAAAACGAAAGCUUUAUGUUGAACAUGGGGGAUGAGAUGAUAACAAUGCAGAUGAGCUUCUUCUGGGGCAAAGAUGUGGUGGUUCUGUUUGACAGGUGGCCUGGAAACGGCCACCUGGUAAUGUACAUAUUAGCCCUGGCGUUGGUGUUUUUCCUGGCUGUGGCUGCUGAACUUCUGUCAGUGUCUCCCAAUUUGAAGCCGAGGGGUCUAAGCCCCUUGGCCGGUGCUGGAAUUCACGCCGCCGUUUAUGGUGUUCGUAUGGGUUUAGCUUACUUAAUUAUGCUCUCUGUUAUGUCUUUCAACGUCGGAAUCUUUCUGGUGGCGGUGGUCGGCCAUGCUGCCGGCUGUUUCAUUGUUAAGUACAGAGCACUCAGUACCGUCGCUCGAGCUGUCGAUCCUGAAUCAUAAUUAGGUUUUCUUGCUCCAUUAUAAUUUAAUUUCUGGUAUUCUUUUUUUUCGUGUUGCUUAAUUUGUAGAAACAAUUUCCAUUGGAAUUUACCAAAUAAGUGUGGUGUCCGCCGGCCACAUGGCGGGGACGACACCGUAGCUGCCUUGUAACAAGGUGGCGCCGGCAUCAGAUAUUUUUUUGUUCUAAGAAUAUCUAUGUCAUUUUCAUGGACAAGAGAAUUUUUUAUCCAGUAAUAAGAAUCGGAUAUCAGAUGACAAAUGGACCGUAGUAAUUGAAAGAUGGAAU